AUGAUUGGUGGUAAAAAUUAUGGUAGCAGAGAUGUUAGAGAUGGUGAAAUAAAUAAAUGGGUAAUUUAUGGUUAUGAUAAAGGAGGGAAUGAUCUAAAGGUUUUGGGAAGUGGAGAUGGGGGACUUGAUGAAUUACAAGAGGAAUUUAAUGAUGGCAAAAUUCAAUAUGCAUAUGUGAAAUUAAAGGAUCCCAAUUCAGAAUUACCUAAAAUUGUACUUAUUGGCUGGUGCGGAGAGGGUGUACCGGAAGCAAAAAAAGGACUAUUUAACUCACACCUUAACGAAGUUUCCAAUUUUUUAAAGGGAUAUCAUCUUCAAAUAAACGCUAGGUCUGAGAGUGAUAUUGAUCCAUCAUAUAUAAUGAAACGUAUCGAAGAGAGUGGUGGAUCUAAAUACUCUAUUAAUGUUGAUAAAAGUAAACCUCCGCCAAAGCCGGAACCUAUUUUACCAGUGAGAUCGGUGUAUAAACCUGUUCAAAUACCAAAUAUUACUGAAAUGCAACGAAAUGCUCCUCGAGACAGAAUCGAACCCGUGAGAUCGGUCUACGAACCUAUUAAAGUACCAAAUAUGAACGAAUUAAGGCGAAGCGCUGCCCAAGAGAAAGUCGAACCGGUGAAAUCAUCAUAUCAACCUGUUCAGGUACCGGAUAUAAGUGAAUUACAAAGAAAUGCACCUCAAGAAAAAAUUGAGCCUGUUCGUUCCACAUAUCAGCCUGUUCAGGUACCAGAUAUAAGUGAAUUACAAAGAAGUGCACCUCAAGAAAAAAUUGAGCCUGUUCGUUCCACAUAUCAACCUGUACAACCCCCCAAACCAAAACCGCUUAGUAGUGCACGUUUGGCGUUCUUAAAUGCUGGGAAAGAAACAGAUGCAGAAAAUAAAUAUCGAAAAGAGCGUGAGGAACGUGAAAGAGCUGAGCGUGAGGAACGUCAGCGUGAAGAGCGUGAGAAGACCAAACGGGAAGAACAGGAACGCCUGCGACAAGGACGCGAAGAGCGGGAAAGCAAGCGAUUAGAGCGUGAAAGGGCUGAACGUGAAGAGCAGGAACGCGAACAAUUGGAGCGCGAGGAACAAGAAAGAGCUGAACAAGAACGUGAUCAAUUGGAACAAGAAAGAGCUGAACAAGAGCGUGAACGUACAGAACAACUAAGACGAGAUCGAGAGGAACAAAAAAGAUUAGAUGAAGAAAAAAAACGUGCGGAGAAAGAAAGGUUGAGACGACAAAAAGAGGAAGAGGAGGAAUUGCUUAGACAAGAACGCUUGAAAUUAGAAGAUGAGGAGUUACUUCGCCAGCAAGAAUUGGAAAGUGCCGAGAAUGGCGGAAUUAUAGAAACUAAAACCCUUUCAGCGCGUGUUAUUUAUCCAUAUGAUGCUUCCGAAGAUAAUGAAAUGUCGUUAAUAGAAGGUGAAAUAAUUGUAAACAUCAGCAAAAUAGAUGACGGAUGGUGGCAUGGUGAAAGUAAAGAUGGUUCCCGCUACGGGUUAUUCCCUGCAAAUUAUGUGGAACCUAUUGAGGGUGAAGCUGAACCCGAUGCCGAACUCACAACUGAAACGGAAGAUGAUAUUAUCACUGAUAUUGAACAUGUAUCGGAAGAUUGGUGGCAGGGUACAUCACCAGAUGGUGUAGUUGGGCUUUUCCCGGGUAAGUAA